AAAAGUCAACACGAGAUAAAUUUCUCUCUCUCUUUCUUUCGUUCGCUAAUUCAGUACCUGUGGCAUGUAUAACCACUCGAUCAUCAUUUAAGGAGCCUCGCAAAUUGCGACUUUUCAGAUUCGCUCAAACUUCCGCAAUCGAGGAAAGGAAAAUAGCGGCUCAGCUGUGACGUUUCGGAACGUUCGAGUUUUGAAUAAGUGUAAACAUAUUCCAGUCGCGUGCUUGUGCAUUGUGCAGGCGCAUACUUGGCCGUGUUCGUGUGUGUAUGUGUAUUUUCACCAAGUCACCGCUCGGAGGCACAAAAAGUUCGCGUCGAGUGGAGAGGACAAGAGGAGGAUGUGCAACAAGCCGAAAAAUUGACUGGAGAAUAAUUCUGAUCGCAACGUUAUAGCUGGCUGCAGUAUGCAGCCGCCUCGCAAAACUAAUUCUUGUUUGCGCCGCCUACUUGAAUCUCCGUGCUGGACUCAGCAGCAGAUACUCUCCGCGGAAUAACAAAUUUUGUUCGCACUACACGCCAAGCCGUUGAUCGAAUUAGCGACAAAACCAGCGACAACGACGACGCCUGACAAGCGCCUACAAAGGACUACAACGAUACGCCAAAUUUCGCCUUAACCCGGCUGUUUUUGUGACCUUAUAACCAAAUAUUUACACCAUGGCCGGGACCUUCGAUCAGCACGACAAGUCUAGCUGGUACUUUGGUGCCAUGUCCAGACAAGAUGCCUCAGAUUUACUAAUGAGUGAAAAAGAAGGAGGUGUUUUUCUUGUAAGAGAUAGCAUCUCCAUACAUGGUGACUUUGUCCUUUGUGUUCGAGAAGACAGUAAAGUUAGUCACUACAUAAUAAAUAAAAUUCAGCAAGGAGAACAGACAAUAUACAGAAUUGGAGAUCAAGAUUUUUCUGACAUUCCUUCACUUUUAGCAUUCUAUAAAUUACACUACUUGGAUACAACUCCAUUGAUAAGACCUGCACCGAGAAAAAUUCAGAGGGUUAUAGCAAGGUAUGAUUUUGAAGGAAAUGAUCCGGAUGACUUACCAUUUAAGAAAGGAGAAAUAUUGACAAUUAUAUCAAAAGAUGAAGAACAAUGGUGGACUGCCAGAAAUAGUCUUGGACAGACUGGUUCAGUACCUGUUCCUUAUGUACAAAAAUACAAUGAAGAUCACCACACGAUUGAAUCUCUUCCAGCCAGGCCAGAAAGCGGUGGAAGUUCAGGAUCUGGAACUCAAAUAUCUCAAACAGAUUCUAUCCAAACUACGACUCGGCGUGCAAAUAUUCAACGGACACUACCUGCUUUUGCUAAGGUAAAGCAAGCACGAGUGCCCAAUGCUUAUGAUAAAACAGCACUUAAAUUAGAAGUUGGAGAUAUUAUAAAAGUAACAAAAACAAACAUUAAUGGACAGUGGGAGGGUGAAUUACAUGGUAAAGUUGGACAUUUUCCUUUUACGCAUGUAGAAUUUGUUGAUGAUGAAACAAAUGAUGACAGUCAAGAAGUUUAACAAACUGUUUUCUUAAAAGUGAAGUGAACAAUUGAGCAGCUACUGUAGGCAGCUACAUGUACCAAUAUGAGAGCAAUUUAAUUUGUAUCAAGUAUUGGUUUCACGCCAUUAUUAAUGGUUUUCUAUGUAGUGCAAUAUUGUCAAACUUCAAAUAAUAUGUCAGCCGAAAAAUCUUUUUAAUUAAUUUACAAGUGAUCACAAAAUUACAACAGAAUUUUUUAGACAUAAUUUGUCAUUGAACAAAUGGAAUGUUUUGCAAAUGUAAAUUUGUGUUGAGUUUCAUGUAAAUAACAAUUCAAUAUUACUUUGAUUGCUAAUUGAUAAAAUUGCAGCUGAUAUAGGUUAAAUCUUUUUCUUUUAAACAUUUUACAUCUUUAUAUAUAAAUAUAAUUUAAGUUUUAUAAUUAUAUCUAAUCAUGUUUAAUUAUGCAAUACGUUCAGUACAGAAAAAUGAACCUUUUUAAAAAUUACAUUUUCCAAUCAAUUUAUAAUCAUAUUACUGAAAAUGAAAUUUUUAAAUAAAUUAAGUAGACAUUUACUUCAAACUGGGCUGAAAUUGGAAUAAAUUAAAGUAAUAAAUCAUUUUUGCACAUUAUUUAGAAUAGAAUUAACAACAAAUUGCUGCACAAUUUUUUAGUUCUUUUCAACACUUGACAAAUAAUGUACACAAAGUCUUCCUGAUUGAUGUUACUGCAAUCUCAAAACUUACCAAAUAUUGCUGUGUAAUAUCAAUCUCUAGUCAGUGAUGGUUAAAAAAGGUUCUGACUUUCUUUUUAAGACUUGACUGUAAAUAAAGUUGAACAUAAGAAUCUUUUUAACGCACAUAAUAUAUAAAAUUGGUAAAUACAGAAGCUGCUGACUGCAAAUAACUCUGAUAAUCAAAACUGUAUGAUAUUUUGAAAAUAUAAAUUUCAUCAUAACUUCACACUAUGACGAUUUUAGACGUCAAACGGCUUACAUUGAAAUAUUGUGAUAAAAUUUUUUCAAAUUUAUAGACUCAUUCCAAAGAAUGCAAAACAUUUAAAAAAAGGAAAAAAUACUA